AUGCUAGGGAAUCAUUCAAACUGCGGAAUCAAGCCUAAUGUAUCACAAUGGAAUAAGUACAAUUUUCCGAAUCCCCGAAAUGAUAUACAACUGGACUACUGUGGACGGAACUGUAAAGCCUCGUGGAUUUGUGAUCCUGAUCGUAUACUUAGUCAAGACGAAGCUGAUAGACUAGAUGAUACCAUUAACAGAACUGUACAAGAAUAUUUCUGUAAUUGUUCCACUUGUCCAAAUGGUCAAGGCUUUUACAGUAUUUCCGUCGGUGUAGUCAGACAGAUUGGAAAUGGCAAUAUGCAAGUAUUAGUUGUUACAAGUAAAAUAGGUAAAAAUAGGAACCUUACCGAUAUAGAUGAAUUAGGCGCAGAGUUUGCGGAUCAUCUCAGGUUGCAGAAAUGGAAAUUCAGCCCAUGUGAUAUUGACGUGGUUGUUGUUUUAUCACAGAAGGAUAGGCUGAUUUGGGUUUCAAUUGGAAAUACGGUAACACAAAACUUGUCCAGCUCUUUUGAGGAUAGAAUACGGAAUGAAACCUAUAAUAUGUUACAGUCUGGAUUGUAUGGUGCAGCCUUAAUUUACGUGGUCAAGAAAGUUGGUGAACUAUUCUCCAAUGGUGGUCGAGCUUUAUCAUACAAGUGGGAUACACAAGAACCCCAAGGACUUCCAUCAGAAGCUUUAAUAGCAGGAAUCAUUGUAUUCGUGAUCCUGUUUGUUUAUGCAACGUUCAUGGUACGUAAAGAUUUAAAGAAAACUCGAGAAAAAGAAAAUCCAUCUCUUCGAAUAAAGAAACGCAAAUACUUUCUCAAAAGUCGGAAAGAGAGAAAACGUUUGGCAGAUGAAAGAGAAAGGUUGGCUAAAAUAGACACAGAAAAGACAAAUGAGGUCACCACAGAACAACACUUAACUGAUGAACUUAGUAUUGAUAUGUCCGACAGAGCGAAAUUCAUUAUUGAGGAACCACAUUAUAGUCCUAGUGUUACCAUAACUGUCACAAAUGUAGAUGGAACUAGCAAUAAUAUUGAGGAACAUGCUUUGUAGGAAUGAGAGAGAGAUAGAGUUAAAAAAGAGAGCGAGACAGAAAGACUGAAUAAAAUUUCAUAUUAUCAAUAUGAAAAUUAUAAAUGUUUUAAUACAAUUGGUCUGUCAUAGUCGGAUGUUUAGCCUGCUUUAAAACCCUGCGAAACCCACAAAGUUUGUCGGGAAAUGCCUGU